CCCGCCCAAGCAGCAGCUUCACAAGUGACGGUGGAAUUUCUUGCACCGCGCCAGCCUCGCGACGCGACCAUUUUGCCUGGAUCCCUCGCCAGAGCCAGAGUCGCCCCGACCGACAGCAGCCGACCAAGGUAAAGCAGCACGCGCCACGCGACCGCCGCCAUGAGGUUGACCGCCGACCUAAUCAACAACUCUCUCUCCUACAUCAACCCUCUGAAGGAGCGAGAGCUCGACCUUCGAGGACACCGAAUCCCGGCCAUUGAGAAUCUGGGUGUUGCUGGUCCUCAAGAUGCCAUAGACUUCACCGACAACGACAUCGCGACGCUGGGGAACUUCCCCUUGUCCCCUCGCAUCCAGACGCUGUUACUCGCCCGGAAUCGCGUCGUCAACAUCCAGCCCUCGCUCGCCAACGCGAUCCCGAACCUCACCAACCUGGUGCUGGCCUCCAACAGCAUUGCCGAGCUCGCCGACCUCGACCCCCUGUCCGGCUUCAAGCGUCUCACGCAUCUGGUCCUGAUUGACAACCCUGUCACCAAGAAGGAGAACUACCGUUAUUGGGUUUUGUGGAGAUGCCCCGGUGUGAGGUUCCUCGAUUACCAAAAGGUCAAGCUGGCAGAGCGGGAACAUGCUACGUCGCUGUUUGGGACAGCCGAAGAACCGACGGAGCUGGCUAUAAAGAUCAAGGGCAACAAGUCCAAGACGGGCGCCGCGGCAGCAACUAGCAAGACCGAUUCGGCGGGACUCACCUCCAAGCUGUCUCGGGUCAAGCUAACGGACGGGGAGCGCAAGAAGCUGCAGGAGCGCAUCAAGAAGGCAACCAGCCUGGAUGAGAUCCUGAGACUCGAAAAGGAGCUGAACGAGGGGAGGUUACCAGCAGGUAUCCACGGCAGUGACGCUAUGGAGGAUUGAAAAGCGGACGAGCCGCUGGCUUCCUCUCUUUUAUUUUCCUUGAUCAAACGUUUUGAUUCCAUACCUGGCGAGGUACGCAUGGAAGACAAAAGCAGUAAAUGGGCAGGGUGGUGGGCCCUCUUCUCGUGCAUAUAGCAAGUGUUUUGUAUACGGGUCGGAGCGUUUUCGCUGGCUUCACGGACAAGCAUGGAGGGUACAGAUAUUCCCUUGUUAUCAACAACAAUGCAUGACAGUCAAAGCAGAAAGUAUUGCCUGUCC